GCCCGUGAGCAACAAACACUCUUCUCUCUCGCUGUGGCUACUGCAGCAGAUACCUGCCGGCCGCAAGACUGCACCUACAACUGUACCAACUGACCACUGUCUGUGACGUCGCGACCUUUCGCCUACGUCAACGUACAGAAAGGAGUUGGAAGCAGAUAAACUUCAUGGCCGUCGACUGGUUUACUACCUGCGCCCUGGUGGUGUUGGCUGCUUGGCUGCUAUGGAAGUACCUGUCGUGGAACCACAACUACUGGCAACGCCUGGGCGUGCCUUGUGUGGAACCCUCGGUGCCUUUCGGCAAUUUCAAAGACUUAUUUCUUGGCAAGACAUCGCCAACAGAAUCGUUCCUAGAGAUUUAUCGCAAGAUGGAUGGUGUGCCGUUCUGCGGCGUCUACCGUGUGCGGGAAGUAGCGCUGCUCGUGAGGGACGCCGACCUGGUACGUCAGAUGCUGAUCAGGGACUUCCCCUCCUUCCAGGACAACAACAGCUUUGUCGACGAAAAACUAGAUCCCGUAUUCGCGAGGAACCCAUUCUUUCUCAAGGGUGAAAGGUGGAGGAAAGUCCGGUCUCAGCUGAGUCCGUCGUUCACAGCUAGCCGCCUGAAACCCAUGUUCCUGCUGAUCAAAGACGUCUGCGAUAACAUGGUGCGAGUGCUGAAAGAAGAGGGGCCAAAAGCUAGUUCAGACGGGUUGGAGGCGUGGCGUCUGUGCAUGCGGUACACGGCCGACGUGGUUUCGUCGUGUGCGCUGGGCGUCAGAGGACGCGCCCUUGAGGACGAGCACUCGCCUUUACAAAAAAUGUUUGAGAAGCUUCUUGAGCCAACCCUCAUGACCAUUUUGACGAUCUUUGUCACGGCUACGUCACCGAAAUUGGCUGCGCUUCUCCGUCUAAGGUUGAUGCCUGUGGAGGUCCAUAAGUUCGUGCACAAAUUGGUGACGGACACAAUCGCCCAGAGAGAAAGUGGAAACGUGCAGCGCAGAGACUACCUGCAGCUGCUGGUUGACCUCAAGACCAAGGGCUUCCUCGACAGUGAGGGGCAGGUGCUCGCCGAUAAGUCGAGCUUCACAGACAUUGACAUAGUGGCGCAGGUGAUGACAUUCAUGACGGACGGAACCCACACCAGCGCCACGACCAUGUCGUUCGCUCUUUACGAGUUGGCUCUACAUGAAGACAUCCAACAACAUCUACGGGAGGAACUGCGAGAGGCGGUGGACAAGCACGGCGGGCAGCUGGGAUACGACGCCAUCAACGACUGCACCUACCUCGACAUGGUCUUCUCAGAGGCGCUGCGACUGCACCCGCCUGUCGGACACCUGGAGAAGACGUGCACGGCGGCCUACUCCAUGAGGACACCCUCGGGCCGCACCUUCACUCUGCAGCCGGGCACCACGGUCAUGAUCUCCAUCGCUGGCCUGCACAGGGACCCGCGCUACUUCCCGGAACCGGACGUCUUCGAUCCUGAACGCUUCUCGCCGGACAAGAAAGAUCGUAACGCCAUGCAGGCGUACAUGCCUUUUGGACUGGGUGCGCGCUCUUGCAUAGGACAACGUUUCGCACAGUCACAGGUGAAGAUGGGCCUCGCCACCCUAGUACUGAACUUCAAGAUCACCACCACCCCACGAACUCCAGUGCCUCUCGAACUGGAUCCCAGAGGGUUCCUGAGGACCGCCAAGGGCGGAUUAUGGCUCCGUUUCCAACCUCUGGCUCACUGACCGUGUCAAUCAAAGCGGAUGUAAUUAAUUCUAAUCCUCGAGGUUUCAUAUGUGCUGUGCUGAGUUGUACAUGUGACAUGUGACAUUUCACUUAUGACCAAUGUGGAUAAUUAUUAUUAAUAAACACUCUUACAUUUACAACAA